UGUCUGUAUUUUCUGUUUCAGGUACUGGCUUUAUUGGGAGAAACCUAGUACACUAUUUGAUAAAGAAUGAAUUGGUUGCUAAGGUGCGUGUUGCUGACAAAGUUCCCCCUCAGAUGGCCUGGCUGAACCCCCAACAUACUGAAUCUUUCAACAGCCCAAAGGUUGAAUUUCGACACUCUAACCUCAUCAAUCAAGCUUCGGUCGACAACGCAUUCGCUGAUGAUGGAGAGGAGUUUGAUUAUGUCAUCAACUUGGCGGCAGAAACCAAAUAUGGCCAGACGGAACCAGUCUACAAGGAAGGCAUUGUCCGUCUGAGUCAUAACUGUGCCGUCACUGCCGCCAGACACAAGGUCAAGGUCUACAUGGAAUUUUCUAGUGGUCAGAUGUACUCUUCAGACAAGCCUGAAGACGAUAUUAAAGCCAACACGGAGGACUGCAAGUGUGACCCUUGGACCCACAUGGCCAGACACAAGCUGGAGGUCGAGCGUGACCUCGAGAACAUCCCUGACCUCAACUACAUAAUCAUCAGGCCUGCCAUCGUCUACGGGCUAGGAGACAAGAAUGGUUUGACUCCUCGUCUGAUCAUUGGUGCAAUAUACAAGUACACGAAGGAGAAGAUGAAGAUGCUGUGGACAAAAGACCUGAAGAUGAACACAAUCCAUGUGGACGACCUGUGUGCUGCUGUGUGGACCUUGUGUCAGCAGGGCAAGCCACGACAGAUAUACAACCUGGUGGACAAGGGCGAUACCACACAAGGAAGAAUCAGUGAGCUGGUAUCGGAAAUCUUCGACAUCAACUUUGACUUCGUUGGCUCCGUAAUGUCAACCAUGGCCAAGUUGAACAUGACGAAUGUGGUGGAGGAUAUCAACGACAAGCACAUGGCACCAUGGGCCGACGCGUGUCAGAGGGACAACAUCGUCAACACACCGCUCAACCCAUUCAUUGACCAGGAACUGCUCUACAACAAGCACCUGUGUCUGGACCCCGCCCGACUGACCGGAAUGGGCUUCACAUGGGAGAAGCCGGUCUGUGCGUCGACACUCUCAGAGAGGUGUUGGAUGACUUCAUCAAGAUGGGUCUGUUUCCAACAUCGCUGCUGUCGGGGGAGGUGUUCUACAGUCAGCCCGUCGAGGACCUGGUGGAUGGGGAGGGAGGCGAGGGAGACACUGGUUGAUGCGCACCGCCUCGUCGUAGUACAACCACACAAGAUGUAGAUGUUUUACUGUCACGUGGGAUGAUAUCUGAUUUAUACACUGGCUUUUGUAUAUGUUGGUAUGUUGUGUAUACUUUGAUACUGUGUGCAUGAAAUGAUGACAGGUUGCCUAGCAACUGAAAUAUUUGUCACAGAAGCUUGUGAAAGUCUAUGUUUACUGAUGUUACGCAUCGAUUCCAAAACAAGAUUUUGGAUAAGACUCUUGUCUACGUCAAUGUUUUGCCAUGUGUGUUCAGUUUGAAAGCCUACACAUUUUAUGUAUGUUACUCAAUAUUUGCUAAGGAUCUCAGAUUUGACUUAAAAGGACUUGGUCCUUAGCAAAUGUUGGUCACAUAGUGAUGAUAUUAAGAUAGAAUGUGGCAUAUACAUCAAUGUUAUUGCAAUAACUGUGUGGUUCGUUCAGUGGUUUAGUGUUACUGGUCUCGGACGCUCCUGCACACACUGCAGGCUGGAUAAGUUGACAAACACUGGUACUUGGAGUAUCAGUGCCCUUUGCCGUCAACAUGACCAAGCAAAUAUAGUUCCAAAGAAAAUGAAAACCUACUUUCAUUUUGUAGAAAUUACAAGUGAUCCUGUCUAAUUUCAGAACACACAUUUUAAAUUUACAUGCAUUCCUGUAACACAUUGGGAGAAAGAUAUCACAUUGAGGAAAUAUGAUAUCACAGAGGGAAACGUAUCUCAUCGGGGAAAGUAAUACAUGACCAGGGGGAAAAGUAAGAUAUCAGCUGAGGAGGCAGUAAGAUAUCACUUCAAGAGAAAAUAUAAUAUCACCUCAAGAGAAAGUAAGAUAUCACCUCAGGAGAAAGUAAGAUAUUACUUCAGGAGAAAGUAAG